CUUUGCCAUAAGACAAAGCAAAGCACUGAAGAAGUCAGUCUAAAGCUCCCACCUUUCUUCACCGAGAGGCCAAAAUAUAGUCCCCCAAAAUGUACAGAUAUGCUAUCUUCACUCAAUUGUCUCACCUGAUCGGCCACCUUUCUUGUGAUUGGAGAGGACUGUGGCCGUGAAAGCGGGCCUCAUUAGUCAAAGACCGGCAGGUGAGCGCUAAGAGUUGUUUAAAUGGGUGCAAACAAUACUGCUUAGCAGACCCUCCGGCGAUCGCCAGUCCAUUACGACUUCGGGUCUUCGUUCUCCACCUUCCUGUCGCCCUCGGCGGAAGCCAAAGAAACGCCAACGUCGCCUCGGAGGCUGAGAAUCUCAAGAAGUACUGAGGUGUAGGAUCGAAGUGUAGGAGAUGACUCAAAAGGAGGAGUCGCCUUUCCCUCUCUCCUUCUCGUUUUGAGGGGAGCGGAAGCGGGUGCCUGUUCAAAGGUAGCGUCUUGGAGCGGAGAGAUGAGCGCGGGGACAGAUAAUGCGGCGGCUGAUGGCGGUCGUAGAUGUGGUGAGCAGAUGGAGUUGGUGGUGAGAGGAAAGAGGGACGUGAAGCCUAUGUUCGUCAGGGUCGGCAUCGCCAUUGCUCUCUCCUUGGCCGGCUUCGUCGUGUCCCAGCUCCGGCCCCGCCCACGCCCUUCCCUUCGUCCGCCUUCUCGUCGGCCCUCGCCCUCAGCUGCUGCAGAGUCGAAAUCAGGUGGGCAGGAUAGCGGCGGUUGCCUCCAACAGGAAGUCGGCACCCUGAAAACUGAAGAGGAUUUGAUGGACAUUAUCAAUGGCACCGCCAUCACUGCCACAGGCGAAGAAGCAGGCUUUCUCUUGCCUGGAUUUGACGAUCUUGUAAUGCAAGAAUUUGAUGUGACAAGGAAGGACCUGGAAACCACCCCAAUUACCACCAUGCCUGAGAAACCUGUGAUGCAAGAAAGGGCCAUGAUGGAGCAAGAGAUUACAAAUCUUAAGGAGUUGGUUUUGUCCCUACAGGAGAGGGAGAGGUGUCUUGAGCAACAGUUGUUGGAUUACCAUGGACUGAAAGGGCAAGAAGCUGUUGUGAGAGAACUUGUGAAUCGAUUGAAGAUUAGUUCGAUGGAGGCUAAGUUGUACAUGUUAAAGAUUGAGUCUUUGCAGGCUGACAACCAGAGGCUACAAGCUCAGCUGGAGGACUAUGCGAAAGCAAUUAGUGAGCUUGAUGCUGCAAGGGAACAUAUUAAGCUUUUGGAUGAGAAGUUGGAAUCAGAUAGGGACAAGGAAAAAGAGAUAAUGGUCUCCCUUCACCAGAGAAUCAGUUCGUUACAGCAAAGGGAGCAGAAAAAUGUGGAGAAUGAUGCAGAGGUCAAAAGCAAGUUGAAGAAGUUGGAGGAACUGGAACAUGAGUCCAUGGAUCUCAGAACAAUCAACUCAAGGUUGGCAGAGGAGAAUUCAGACUUGGCGAGGAAGUUGAAAUCCACACAAAAUACUGCAUCUGCAGUUCGUGAGGAUGCAAAGGCAGAAGCAUUGGAGGAAGCCAACCACUUCAGGAAGGCGAAUGAAAAAUUGAUGGAGGAGAUUGAACAGCUCCAAAUUGAUUGGUGCACUGAUGUUGAGGAGCUAGUGUAUCUUCGAUGGGUAAAUGCUUGCUUAAGGUACGAGCUGAAGAAUCACCAGCUACCUUCAGAAGAAACACUUGCAAGAGAUCUUAGCAAGAGUUUGAGUGUUAAAUCCAAAAAGAAGGCCAAACAACUUAUACUGGAAUAUGCCAAUUUGGGUGCUGAUGAAAAAAGUUCGAAUUAUUUUGAAGUCAACUCAAAUUAUUCUUCUUCUUCACAAGCAUCUGCCGGAGAACCUGAAGAUACAUCAAUUGACAACUCAUCCUUGGUAAAACAUGGUAGUUCAAAUAAAGCAAAGUUUCUUAACAAACUUAAGAAGCUAGUGUUAGGAAAAGGCAAGCACAGCAAGAAAGUUUCAGCCGUAGAUAAAACUACAAGCUCUGGAAGUUCCGAAAGAAGAGCAUCUUUCUCGACCUGUUCUUUUGACGAUGUCAUUGGAAUGGAUUCAUAUGAUAGCUCAUCAUCAUGCAUGAUAGAGAAAGUGGCUGCAGUGAAUUCAUUGGCAGGAACAGAAGCACAAACAGUUGAAGGACAAUGUAAUAAAGAUGUUUUCUCUCAAGAUAACUCUAGGCUCUCUUUAGACAUUCAAAGGUUGCAGGAGCUUUAUCUGGAAGAAGAAAUGGAGGAAAAAGGCCUGCUUUGUAGAAGGGAUUGUGCAACAUCUUGUGAUUAUAUGAAAAUAUCCUUUUUAGAACAUUCAUUAAUCAGUUGUGAAAGGAAUCCUCUUGAUCAAGAAAAAGCUUACAUUCCUGAGAAAGUUGAGCUGAAAAAGUAUGCAGAUGCUUUGAGAAGCUCAAGAGGGAUACCCAAAUUAAAUAGAAGAUCAGCAUCUUCUAGAUAUUGAUGCCAGUAUAUUUCAUCACGGAGUAUUAGUUGUCCAAACACAGCUGAAGUAUCUGGAUCCCAGCAGAGUAGAUGCUUGUGUUUUGCCAGUAAAAUAUUGAAAUCAUGAAUACAAAUGUUGUCAAAUUUGUAGAUUUCUUUCUACAAUGAAAUCUGAGACUCUUAUAUGCAUACAAUUGCAUUUUUUACCUUUAUUGCCAAUGCAGUUGUUACUCAUUUGGGCUUGUUGAUUGAUAAUCUGUGGCUCUAAGAUGGAUUCAGUUCCGUCCUUCUACGGAAUCAGACUAACUUUCGAGAAUAUGUAUGUGAUAUUGAGACCAGUUAGAUGAAUGCUUUUUUUGGGCACUUUA